AUGGCCGAGACUGACGCUUCCGUCGACACAGCCAACGCCACCAUCGAAACGGCGGCGCAGCCAAACGACAACUCGUCGUCCGAUACGGCCACCAGUGCUCCCCCACCGCCGGCGAAACCGGAGUCAAAGCGCUGGGCCGACGAGGAGGACGACCCUCCCGAGGAGCCCGAGAAGAAAAAUGACGCGACGUCUACUUCCGAGCCGGAAGUGAACGUUGCCGAAUUGAAGAUCACCGAGAACAAGUUCCUCGACGACCCCGAAGACUCUAAUAUUAGCGCCGUUACGACCGGCGACACGCCGUACACGUCGGCGAGUAGCUUCGAGGAUCUGAAUCUAUCGCCGGAGGUGCUGAAGGGCUUGUAUGUAGAGAUGGGGUUCAAGAAGCCCAGUAAAGUCCAGGCAAUCACUUUGCCCAUGAUUUUAACCCCUCCCUACAAAGAUCUUAUUGCUCAGGCCCACAAUGGUUCGGGCAAAACCACUUGUUUCGUGCUUGGGAUGCUCAGCCGGGUCGAUCCCAAUGUUAACGCUCCUCAGGCGCUCUGUAUCUGCCCCACCAGAGAGUUGGCCAUUCAGAAUAUGGAGGUCCUUCAGAAGAUGGGGAAGUACACGGGGAUAAAAGCAGAGUGUGCUGUCCCAGCGGAGAGGACGAGUGCUCCGUCCAUUCAAUCUCGAGCACCAGUAUCAGCACAAAUUGUGAUCGGAACCCCUGGUACAAUUAAGAAAUGGAUGUCUAUCAAGAAGCUGGGCGUAAGCCGUGUGAAGAUUCUUGUGUUUGACGAGGCUGAUUACAUGUUGGCCGAGGAUGGCUUUCAGGAUGAUUCGUUAAGGAUAAAGAAGGAUAUAGAGAGAUUUAGCCCUCACUGCCAGGUGCUUUUGUUUUCUGCUACAUUUAAUGAAACAGUCACAAAUUUUGUUUCAAGAGUGAUCAAAGGCAGUGGUAAUAAACUCUUCGUAAAGAAAGAAGAGCUAUCUUUGGAGGGUGUAAAGCAGUACAAGGUGUACUGUCCUGAUGAAUUGACCAAGAUUGAAAUCAUCAAAAGCAAAAUAUUUGAACUGGGAGAGAACUUGGGGCAGAGAAUUAUAUUCGUAAGGACAAAAAACAGCGCAAGAAUGUUGCAUCAAAUACUCGUUGAAGAUGGUUAUGCGGUUACUACUAUUCAAGGUGCUCUCACUGUUGAAGAUAGAGACAAAAUAGUCAAAGAGUUUAAGGAUGGAUUAACCCAAGUUCUUAUCUCAACUGACCUACUCGCUCGAGGCUUUGACCAACAGCAGGUUAAUUGUGUAGUCAAUUAUGAUCUCCCAAUCAAAUACACAAGUGGCCCCAGGACGCAGGACCCAGAGCCUGAUUAUGAGGUGUACUUGCAUAGAAUUGGAAGGGCAGGGCGUUUUGGUCGCAAGGGGGCUGUGUUUAACUUGAUUUGUGGUGAUUGGGAUGAAUUGAUCAUGUCAAAGAUUGAGCAGUAUUUCAACUCCCCAGUAACAGAGGUUCAGAAUACUGAAGAAGCUUUUGAAGGUGCUCUUAAAUCAGCUGGCUUACUCUAA